UCACUGCCGGUGUCUCACAGGGGCUACGCAGUGACGUAUGUAUCACGUCAGAGCGUCGGUACGCCUCUUUUGUGGCAGCUCAUUUCCCCGGACCCCACGGUAACUGCCCUUUAACAGCGUUCUACUCGGCCCUGGGACAAACUUCUAUAUUGUCGUUACACUCAAUGACGCGUUUCCGACCACUUAUCCACCCGGGAGACAACAAGUGUCAUUGUCCCAGGCAGCUGCUGCCUCUUUUGUUUACAUCGAGGUGGCUGACCAUUUGUGAGGACAUGUAGUGGUUCUUGAAGACGUGGAUGAAGCGCAGACCGCCCACUGUGGAAUAUGAAUUUGGACGUGGGGGCUAGCUAGCGUCUAUUGACGUGCAGCUUCCAGACUUCGAACCUCCCCCUUAAAAUGAGGACAGUAAGGGAUGUAAAGGAGGUCAGAUGCUCCACUGGGAUUCUUUAACCAGGAAAGCCCUGGAUGAACUGGAGUUAGUUUAUUGAAAGCUUCAGUUCACUCUAGCUUGCAGGAGAAUAUAUUUAAGGAUCCUGGCAAAUAGGUUGCCUUGAUUUGACUGGGAGGAUGAUGAAGGUUCUUCUGAUCACCUUUCUUCUUGGCUGGGCGAAAUGUCAGGAGAAUAACAGCAUGACCACUGAGGAAAUGAGUUCCAUCAGGGACGUCAUUGUGGAGAUGUUUGAUCAUGCAUACGGCAGUUACAUGAAAUAUGCUUAUCCAGCAGACGAACUGAUGCCCCUUAGCUGCAGGGGACGAGUCCGAGGCCAGGAGCCCAACAGGGGGGACAUUGAUGACUCUUUGGGAAAGUUUUCACUCACCCUGAUUGACACUCUUGAUACGUUAGUGGUGCUGAAUAAGCUUGAUGAGUUUGAGGAUGCUGUGCGCAAAGCUGUGAAGGAUGUACGGCUGGACAACGAUGUGGUGGUGUCUGUGUUUGAGACCAACAUUCGAGUUUUGGGGGGACUUCUGGGAGCACAUGUGAUGGCCGACAUGCUCCGGCAACGUGGAGAGAGAAUGCAGUGGUACAAGGAUGAGCUCCUGAACAUGGCCAUAGAGCUGGGCCAUCGAUUACUACCUGCCUUUAACACCACAAGUGGCCUUCCUUAUCCCAAGGUAAAUCUCCGCUAUGGCGUCUUCAAUCCGCUCUCAAGGACGGGCAGCGAGUCGGACACUUGCACUGCUUGUGCUGGGACUAUGAUCCUCGAGUUUGCUGCCCUCAGCAGAUUGUCCGGAGAGUCGGUGUUUGAGGAAAACGCAAGGAAGGCUCUGGAUGUCCUUUGGGAGAGACGACAGAAGGGAAGUGACCUUGUGGGGACGGUGAUCAACAUACACAAUGGAGAAUGGGUGCGAAGAGACAGUGGAGUUGGUGCAGGUAUCGACUCGUACUAUGAAUAUCUGAUGAAGGCCUACAUCCUUCUCGGGGACAAUGUAUUCCUUGAGAGGUUCAACAUUCACUACAAUGCUAUCAUGAAAUACAUAAGUCAACCUCCCUUGCUGCUUAAUGUGCACAUGCAUAAUCCUACUGUAAGCGUACGUACCUGGAUGGAUUCGCUGCUGGCAUUCUUCCCUGGUCUUCAGGUUUUAAGAGGAGAUCUGAAACCAGCCAUUGAAACUCACGAGAUGCUUUACCAAGUCACCAAGCAACACAAAUUUCUCCCUGAGGCUUUUACAUCAGAGUUUAGAGUUCAUUGGGGCCAACACCUAUUGAGACCAGAGUUUGCCGAAAGCACAUACUACCUCUAUAAGGCUACUGGCGACCCCUACUACCUCAGAGUGGGACAGUCCAUUGUGGAAAAGCUCAAUGCCUACGCCAGGGUGCCUUGUGGGUUUGCCGCUGUGCAAGAUGUUCGUACCGGUACACAUGAAGACAGGAUGGACUCCUUCUUUCUGGCUGAGAUGUUUAAAUACCUUUACCUGCUGUUUACUGAGAAAACACAGCUUCCUUUAGACAUCGAUGACUACAUCUUCACCACAGAGGCACAUCUUUUGCCCGUCUCACUUUCUACCACCCAUCCAUUUUGCCAUGGCAAUAAAACCGAGUCGCUUUCUGCUGCUCUAGAAGAGGAUCUGUUCACUCAUUCCUGCCCCAGCACUGAGACAUUGUUUCCCAACAAUCCCUCCUUUGCCAAAACGAUCCGAGACGGCUACAAGUAUCUAACUGGAGUAGGUCGAGCCUUCCACCCGUUACCUGUCAGGGAGAUUGAACUUCCCAUCCACGAUAAUGUGAUGGAACCAGUGGAGUUCUUAAAAAGCAUGGGAAUCUCUCUCACGCCCCUGAAUGAAGCCUUGGCUGGAGAAUCUACAAGUCAAAGGGAACAUAAAGGAGUGUACCGACUGAAACUUGUAGCUGAAGUCAGCCCGGCUCCAGAUGAGGGAGCUGUUGUGCCACUUGUGGUUCAACUCAUAUCCCCUCCAUUUCUGGGUGUAACGGUUCUCAUCGCCGGACCAGCCAAGUUUGGAAUGGACCUCACCAAGCAGGAGCACGGGGUGAAGGGCAGAGUAGUGAAGGCGUCUCCUUACACUGCAUGUAGGCAGGUGGACAACCCUGCUGAGGUUAAAGGUCACAUUGCCUUGGCACUCCGCGGUGACUGUAUGUUUGCUGCCAAAGCUCGCUGGCUGCAGGAGGCUGGAGCGAUUGGUGUCAUCUUCAUCGACGACCGUGAGGGCAGCAGCAGCGCGGAAACACCGCUUUUCCAGAUGGUGGGAGAUGGCGACUCCACCGAUGACAUCAGGAUACCUUUAGUUUUCCUGUUCAGCUUUGAAGGCGCUGUGCUCACAAGCGCACUUGAAGAACAUCGUAAUGUAGACGUGCUGCUUCUUCCAAAAGAGAAGCAGUUUGGACAUGAUAAAAGAAGAAAAACUGUCGGCAUGAAUUUAAAAUUCCGACUGUCUGAGGAAGGGGAGCUGGAGGAGGGGGCGACCAAAAGACCCACCCUGGAAUUUGUCUUGGAAAAAGAUGGGCUGCUUCUUAAAGAAGAGGAGGAAGAGGCAGGUCUACUGGGGGAACUUCAGUCACAGAAGAGUUGCACGAAGCUCCAAGGGGAGGACCGAAAUGAUGCUGAAGAUUCAUCUGCAACAGAUAACUCAAACGGCGGAGCCGACACAAAUCCUUGAUCACCUCUGUCAACAACGCUCUGACUAUGAGUCAGAGACCUGAAUUCCACAGAGUACAUCCACACUGCCGCGAUUACAUUCAAAGGGAUCACUUUUACGGUUAUAUUUUUUGUAUCGCACUUUCAAAACAGCAGCAUAGAGUUAAUCAUGAUUUUUGUAACGUUGCAUGAUAACUUCUGAUGCAACAGUGCCGUUUUUAUACUUAUAUUUCUGCCACAUUCCAGAGCUGCCCAAGCAUACCAGAAAAUGUGUCUGCUUGGACACAUUGUAAUUCCCUCAAAAUUUCAUUGGUUGGCUCAGAUGUGGGGUUGUAUGUUUUUUAACACGUUGCUCUGCAUUAUUCGCGUAUGACAGUUCAUGAGUCGCCCCUGGCAACACUGUCUCAGAAGGCCAUUAUUUGAGGUUAUUGAUCAGAGUUGUGGAAGAGCUGCAGUGCUUUAUUUAGUGAAAUUCUUUAAUUGUUUUUUUUUAAUUCAGUUGUGCUCUAAAUGUGGCAAAAGUAUGCAUCAGACUAUUCUCAAUUAUUCUCAACUAUUUAAAAUAUCUUCCUUUUGGUGCCUCCUUAGUCGCCGAUCAAUUGGUUCAUACAGUGCAGUAAUUCCAAGUGUCAUCAGAUCAACUAGAGUUAAAUCUCAAAAUUGUCUUUCUAAUCUUGCAAAAUAUCAGCAAAAAUAAUUGUAUAUAAACAGAUUUUAUAUGCUUUUUGAUAACAUUUGACUCCAAAAUAACAGAUGAAGAACAUCCGAUCAUGUCAAAGCUAGGACAAAUAUUAUCUGCCCCAUGACAGAAUUGUCUUGUGUCCUCCCUCUCCUGCUAGUCAAACUGUUUUUCUGCUUUUGAAAAUUUAGCUUCCUCCAGGUGAACCAAAUUCAUGGGUUAGUUAUAAAAGAAAUGUGUGACUAGGGGCAGUGUUAUGUCUGUGUGGACAUAUUUGGGGAAUGGACUGGCGACGACAACCCGCCUUCAGCACCAUAUUGUUCAGCAGCACAAUAUUGGGGUUUCUAGUGUUUUUCCUUUCCCAAGAUUUCCAUGUAUUUAUAUACAGCUGUAUAUAAAUACACCACUACUCGUAGUGUUGUGCAUGUCGACUCCACCAGCAUGUUCACAACCCGUGGUGACUUUUUUUAAACCUACAAAUGUCUAUACCGUGAAUAUUUUGAUGCAGCCUACUCUGAAUGAUAGACGAAAAUAGCUGUAGUUUGAUUUUGGCUGGUCUCAUUGGCACAUAAGGAAUGUUUGGUGGUGAUUUCACAAGUGAACACAGUUUGUCUGUUAUCUUUGAUGGCUCCUUGUUACGUCUAUAAAUACUGUCGGAUAUAUACUGACAGUGUGUCCCUCUGCUAUUCUAGGAGACAAAGGAGGCAAACAUGGAGCUGAUGUAGGGAUUUUACUUCUCAUUUUCUACAACUUCAGGGAUUUUUAAAGUCAAUUUACUGUUUUUACUGAAUCUGUGAAGCCAUUUCUCGAUCUGCUAGAGAGUGAGUUUUGAUUAAGCAAGUCUGCUAAAGCUUCACCAUCAUGAUGUAAGUCUGACAACCAUGUACAUACUAGUCAUAAACAAUAAUAUUAGGUUGUUUUUUUUUCUAAAUGUGACUGCCUUGUGAGGUUUAAACUGAGAGUUUUGGCUAGAUAAACGCAGCUACAAAAAUGAUGGACUGUUGUGUAUUAUAACAUACACAUGUCAACAUUGAUAUCAAUGCCCAAUCUUUUCUAGAGCAACAUGAUAAAAGAUCAAAUUUCUGCUGAUGCAGCUGUAAUGUUUUUUUUUUUUAUCAGACUUUAAGAUUAACUCUUGGACUGUGUCACAUUUUAACAAGCUGCCUCCUCCUCAGACUAAAGGACUUGCUAACACAAAUGGAAUGCAGUCCAAGUUCUCCCCAGUAGAGAGUCCUGAGGACCUGGUCAGUGUGUUGGUCCCACUUGAUGUCAUUUUAUGUCCGCGUGUACAGGUAGACCUCUGACUGUGUUGAUGACGAUCAUCUCAGCGAAAUGUUGGCGUCAACUGAGUAGCAACUUUGUGCUUUAAUACUGGUGUGCAAGCAGAUUUUAGAUUCCCCCAAACAUUGUGAUGAAUGAAGAGCUGAGCUAGACGACCAGUGUUUAAUCUUGCUGGUUAUUAAACCAUAUUAUGAGGAUUAUGGGGAGAAUGAUAUUUGUCUCUUUACUGGAGUAAGAUUAAGGUGUGUAGUGGGUGUCAUUUUCAGAUACUCAAAGUGUUCAUGUGUUUGUGGAGAAAUUAUGACAUUUUAAAACUACAAUUUUAAUACUCUGAAAUAGAAAUCAUUGUGGGCAUAAGUGGCUUUUAUUUGAUUAAAUAAGGGCACAAAAUGUCUAUGAAUUGAAGUCAUAUAUUCAGCUGACAUGAAUCAUUAUCCCAUCAGAACAUGUUAAAAUAUCUUACAGCAAAAAUCAACAUGAAAAUGGAGUUCCUGUUAUGUGAGUUUUGUACUGAAGCACUUUGAGAAAACGUCAAGCUCUCUGUUUCUGGUGACAAAUAUUUCACUUUUUUUGUGCAAUAGGUUUUUUAUCAAUGUGAGAUCAGACGUAGGAUUUUAAUAUUGAUUUUUUUAUAUAUAUAUUUUAAAUUCUAUUUAUUUUGUUGUUUACAGAUAUAUAGCAUGUUUUUUUUUCUUUUUCUUAUCUUUUUUUUUAAUGCUAUUGUGUUUCUGAGUAACACAGGGAGAAAAGGACCAGAGGUCAUUUGAUUGAUUUAUAUUGUUUCAGUUGUUCUAAUAAAUCGUUAUAAGCUAUAAUACUUCACAUGGUGCAUGGCAUGACCCUGGAUUCUGUUCUGAUGUCUAAUCCCCUCUGCAAAUGUUUUUCACUUGAGUUCUUGUCACCAGGUUGUAGAUCUGGUGUUUACCUUACCAAAUGAUUAAAAAAAAUAAAAAUAAAAAUGUACUUCACAAAUCAGAUUCUUAUUUCAUUCAGUUGAUGUAUAUCAACAAUAUUUCAAUUAUUAAUAAUCAAGAUGUUCACAUUCAAUUCACAAUAGUCCCAUUUAAAUAAAUGAUAAUUUCUUCUUGGUAGUUUUUUUUGUUUUUGUUUUUUUCCCCUCAAGUAUUGGCACAGAUAAAGAGGUACCUUUAUUUCUCCUCGCUGACAUACUUCUUUACUUAGCUGCUUGCAAUAUGCUUUCACAUUCGAGGUAGCGUUGUCACUUGAAAUGUCUGAUGAUGUUAUAUUGUUCCAAAUAAA